GCAGAGCUCGCGGCCGGGGGUCCGGGCUCCCCAGGCCGCCGCGGCGGGGCGGCGGCGCGGACGGGGAGGGCCUCAGCGAGGGGCGAAGCUGGUUGUGCUCAGGGGCCGCGUCGGGGUCAGGCCCGUGCGGUGCACGCGGCCGAGGCGAGGGGGGCCGGGGCUGCGGUUGUGAGCGCGGCGGGGAAGGGGCCGAGGCGGCUGGGGACCGGCGGGAGGUGCCGCGCGGCGGGUGCUCGGGAAGCCGUGCCGCAGGGGUGGUGACUGCGGGUCCUCACGGUUCGCCGACAGCGCGCGGAGCGCCCUGUGCGUUUUCUUCAUUAAGUUCUGGAAAAGCCCCUCGGGAUGAGUCUCACUUUAAGUCCGUGCGGAGACGCAGGUCGCGUCCCCGAGUUUGCACCCGCGGGUGGUGUGUCCGGGAUGGGGGGAGCCCGCGCCUGCAGCCGCGGGGCUACCGGCCUCCGGGUCCGCCUGCAGGCGCGCUCGCGGUACGCGCUUCCUCGGCCGGGCGGGGGCCCUGGAGGUGGGAGUCGGCUCUGUGGCCGAGGCUCCUCCCGAUGGCGCGCGCCGCCAGCUCCCAGUACCCCGGCCCGCGCCAGCCUUUCUCUUGAGCUUUGGGCCUGUAACUCCAAAAGCUCUGAUUCUUCCCUUGUAAAUUGAAAUUCAACAUGUACCAAAACGGCUUUUGGGUUUUACCCUUACAUGGAGGUUUGAUCCCUCAGAGUGGAUGCCGCGUCGUCGCAGUAGCGGGGCCCACCUUGGUUUCUCAUCCCAGACCUGAUUCGUCAGCAGGUGCUGGCCACGACGCCUCUGAAGCGCACCUAGGGUCUGGUCCCUUGCCGCCGGCGCCCACCACUCUGGCCCAGGAGACUGCCGGCUCUACUGGAUUGCUGCUGGAGCCUUGCGGCCGGUGUUCUGUUGACAUCCUCACACUCCCCAGCUGCCCCGCAGUCUCUUCUCCGAGCAGCAGCCGGAGAGGCCGCCCGGCAGUUUCGCCCACCUCCUUGGGACAAGCUAAGAGAUGCAGCGAUGGCCGUCAAAGAUCUCCUUCCUCCUGGGCCUCAGGACUUCAAGGUUCCAAACCUGAUGUCAUCUCCAGGCUGGAGAAGGGGGAAGAGCCAUGGGCCCCAUACUCACCGAGAAUUGAGGAAGGCUGGAUCUGGAGUCAUGGGAGUGAAAGUUUUGAGUCUUGGACAGGAAAGAGGGGAUUGACUCCAAGACAGAAAAUUUCCAAAGCAGUGGGGUCCCAGAGAGCAAAAUCAGAAGAAUCUGUAAAGAAUAUUUCCAAGGAACCUGAUUUUGAAGAGAUGAGUAAAACUGAGGGAAAAUUAAAGAACUGCUGGAGAAAAUCUGCAGAGGAAGGGUUUAAGAAAUCCUUCUCCCAGAAGAGCAGUUCUGGGACAGUGACAUUGACACAUAUGAAAACCCCAAUUAGAAGGGAAGGCCAGAAAUCCAGUUCUGUGGAGGUAAACUGCACUGCAGAUCCAAACCCGUUUGGAUUUCAUAGAGCAUCUAGAGGGAAGAAUCUCCACCAGAAUGUGCCGUGUAUGGAUGACUAUCAGCAAAGCCAGGACCUCACUAAUCGCCAGUGUUUCUCCCCAGAAGAAAGAGCCUGUCAGACAGAUGUGUGUGUGAAAAUGUCCAGGCAGAGUUCAGUUCUUAGUGAGAAUCAGAGGGUUAACAAUCCAGAAGAAUCCUUUGAGUAUAAUGAGUAUGGAAAACCUUUCAGCCUGAGUAGAACUCUUUCUCAGCAUCAGAGAAGUCAUACUGGAGAGAAGCCCUGUGAGUGUGAUGGGUGUAGAAAAAUUUCUCAGCACUGCUCUGUCCUAAGCCAACAUCAGAGAGUUCACUGUGGAGAGAAGCGCCAUACCUGUGCUGAGUAUGGCAAAUCUUCCAGGGAUCAUUCCUAUUUCAUUCAGCACCAUAACACUCACAUUGGAGAAAGACCUUAUGAGUGCAGUGAAUGUGGGAAAGCUUUCAGUGUACGUUCAUCUUACAGUCAACAUCUUAAAAUUCAUACUGGGCAGAAACCUCAUGAGUGUCAUCAAUGUGGAAAAGCCUUUAGACAUAGCUCUAACCUGAUUCAUCAUCAGAGAAUUCAUAGUGGAGAGAAACCGUACAAGUGUAAGGAAUGUGGGAAGGCUUUCAGUAGACACUCUCACCUCCUUCAGCAUGAACGAACUCAUUCUGGAGAGAAACCUUAUAACUGUACUGAAUGUGGCAAAGCCUUCAGUGCACGAUUAUCUCUCAUUCAGCAUCAGAGAACUCACACAGGAGAAAAACCCUAUGAAUGCAUUGAAUGUGGGAAAUCCUUUAGCUUGAACCGAACCCUUACUGUUCAUCAGAGAAUUCACACUGGAGAGAAACCCUAUAAGUGUAACGAAUGUGGAAAAUCCUUCAGUCAGCGGUCCCAAGUCAUUCAGCACAAGAGAAUUCAUACUGGAGAGAAGCCUUAUGUCUGCAAUGAGUGUGGAAAAUCAUUCAGUGCUCGCCUGUCCCUCAUCCAGCAUCAGAGAAUUCACACUGGAGAAAAACCUUAUGGAUGCAGUGAGUGUGGGAAAACCUUCAGUCAGAAGGGACAUCUUAUUCAGCAUCAGCGAAUUCACACUGGAGAGAAACCCUAUGAGUGUAAUGAGUGUGGAAAAGCUUUCAGUCAGAGUUUUAAUCUUAUUCAUCAUCAAAGGACACACAAUGGUGAGAAGCCCUAUGAAUGUAAUGAGUGUGAUAAAGCCUUCAGUGUGCUCUCUUCCCUUGUUCAACAUCAGAGAGUCCAUAAUGGUGAGAAGCCCUAUGAGUGUCACAAAUGUGGGAAAGCCUUUAGCCAGGGCUCACACCUCAUUCAGCAUGAGAGGAGCCACACUGGGGAGAAACCCUACGAAUGUAACAAGUGUGGGAAAACCUUUGGGCAGAUAUCCACCCUAAUUAAGCAUGAGAGAACACACAAUGGAGAGAAACCCUAUGAGUGUGGUGAUUGUGGGAAAGCCUUCAGCCAGAGUGCACACCUUGUCCGCCAUCGAAGGAUUCACACUGGAGAGAAUCCCUACAAGUGCAGUGACUGUGGGAAGGCCUUCAACGUCCGCUCCUCUCUUGUGCAGCAUCACAGAAUUCAUACUGGGGAGAAGCCUUAUGAAUGUGAGAAGUGUGGGAAGGCCUUCAGUCAGCAGUCACAGUUUAUUCAGCAUCAGAGGAUUCACACUGGAGAGAAGCCCUACAUGUGCAAUGAAUAUGAGAAAGCCUUCAGUGCACGCUUAUCCCUUAUCCAGCACAAGAGAAUUCACACAGGAGAGAAACCUUACAAAUGCACUGAAUGUGGAAAGUCCUUCCGACAAAGCUCUCACCUUAUUCGACAUCAGAGAGUUCACAGUGGAGAGCACUCUUACAUGUGUAAUGAAUGUGGGAAAACUUUUAGUCAGAGAAUAACUCUUACUAGUCAUGAGAAAAUUCACACUGGAGAGCAGGCCUAUGAGUGUAUUAAAUGUGUGGAUCUCUUUAGUGCACAGGCAGCUUUCAUUCAGCACCACAAAGUUCACAGUGGAGAGUAACUGCUUUAUUCAAUAAAGUCUUCACUGUUGUAUGUCAGGAGCAGUAUACUGAUGCGAAAGCUUCUGUUUUAGAGAUUCAUCUCUUGAGUGAUUUAACAAUGUCCCAGUGCAGUGCUAACUGAAGACAGGCUGCCGGAUUAUGUGGUAGAAAUUCCAAGGUCAGAUGACUUUCCUCCCACAGAGGGUGCCCUGUGCCUGAGUACUUGAAAUGAGCCCCGUCUGAGUACACUUACUUAAGAUUGUGUUUUCAUAGCUCCAGACGUUAGGGUGCAGUGAGGUAUUUUAUGUGGUCACUUGCUUUUCCUUUCUCCUCUUCAUCUAUUUCAAGUUCAAGGAGAGUAACUGGAACCAUUACACUUUGGUCUUUUUUUUUUUUAAUAUUUUAUUUAUUUGACAGAGAUCACAAGUAGGCAGAGAGGCAGGCAGAGAGAGAGGAGGAAGCAGGUUCCCUGCUGAGCAGAGAGCCCGAUAAUGGGGCUCAAUCCCAGGACCCUGGGGUCAUGACCUGAGCUGAAGGCAGAGGCUUUAACCCACUGAGCCACCCAGGCGCCCCACCAUUACACUUUAAAUCUGGGAAGAACCAGGUUGGGAUUUCCUUGUUGGUUUGGACCUCUUCAAAAAGUUUUUGUGUUAUUGUGAGGGAUGUCCCUUUAACUUCAAAAGUGUUACCCCUUUUCAGCAUCAGGUAAUCCAAACAGGAAGAAACUAGGAGCAUGAACAAAAUUUGUUAAGGAGGUGAGGCAUGUGUGUAGAUUCAGACUUUGAGAUCCUGCUAGGAAGUCAAAUAACACAUGGAAAAUGGGUUUUCCUACAAGGUAAUUUGGAAAGUCUAACUGCUGUGAAUUGGGAGGAAAAUAAGCAUAAAGUAGACACACCAGAGCAUGGGAUAUGACUUACAGGUUUUGUUCUCAAAACCAAGUUUGGUAUAUUCCAUAUCAGUUUUUUGAGGAGAGAAGGGGAGUGGUCACAGCUAUUCCCUUUCACUGGGCAGCCUGGCGCUGAACAGACCCUGGUGAGGAGUGGCAGGUCCUUCUGCUGCCAGAGGGCAGGACUCGAGGUAAGGCAGAGCCACUGAGCAGCUUUUAGUAGAUAGAUAAUUGUGUAGGUUGUCUGCGAGGUACCUUUUGUCCCCUGGAAUGAUGUUGGUCACCAGUGUCUCAGUGUCCUUUAGUUCUUGAUGUUCGAGAUGAAGUAUAUCCUGGGAGUACUGUCUUCCUAAACCCAGUUUUCAGAGUUGCCAUCCUUGCCUGUGGUUCUUCUGCCCCGAUUCACCCCGAUGGGUGGCUCACUUCAGGAUCCUCAGAACCACAUUCUCCAGUAACGUCUUUAGCACUUUCUCCUACAUUUUGAUGGAAGAACUAGCAUCAAAAUGAGCUGAAAUAGGUUGUACAUACGAGAAAUUCAGCAACAGCAGUCUGUGAGAGACAGUUCUAGAAGCUAAAAAUCUGGCAGCUGAAAGUAGCUUAAGUCUGAUAAACAAGCUGAAUGCCACAUGUACAAACAUCUCAAAGGGAUUGGCUGAUUAAUAUUUGGGAUAAGCUAUAAUGGAGUGAUGCUUUGUAUAUAAGAAUCAGGGUAAGAAAGAAGAAAAGGUAAGAGCAAUGAAUUACUUAAUAAUUGGCCAUUUUAUUCCUUUAUAGUGUCCUUUUCUCUAAUAAAGUUAUUCCAGCUUUCCUGUUUAUCAAAGGUA